GCCUCUUCUCUCCGCUCCCCUGCUCUCAUCUCCUUCUUUGAAGCCAAGCUCUCCCGAUCCUCAACAAUGGCCGACCUCCAGGUAGUACCUCCCAGGCCCUCCGCCGCUCACGGCGCUUCCGUCUUCCACAAGCUGCACGAGCACGCGCCGGGCGGCUCGGCCCACCUCCUCGGGUUCCUCGCCCUCGUCGUCGCCGACGCCGUGUUGCUCCUCCUGAUCGGCCUCACCAUCACCGCCGCCGUCGUGGGCCUGAUCCUCCUGGCGCCGCUGGUCAUCGUCUCGAGCCCCGUGUGGGUCCCGAUCGCCGCCGUCCUGUUCGUGGCGGUCGCCGCCGUGCUGUCCGCGUGCGGGUUCGGGGUCAUCGCGCUGGCCGGCGUGUCGUGGCUGUACAAGUACUUCACGGGGUCCGACCUGUCGGGCGUGGGUCGGGGAGCCAAUGCCAGGACUGGUCAUGUCAAGGACUAUGCCGGGGAGGCUUUUGCAAAGUAA